AUGCUGCUUGAGACGCAGACCGGUCUGUGGGAUGCCACGUUUCUUGAGCUCCGCCUUCAGCUCGGCCACCUUCAAGGAGGAGUACUCAGCCAUCUCCAAUGGGGCUGGCUCAACGCCAUUGGGUGUGCCGACAAUUUUAAGAACAUCGCCCUGAUUGACCUGGACUCCUCGGAAGUUGAUGCGUGUAGCAGAAUGGCCAUCUAA